UAGAGGGGUAUGGGAUCGGCAAAGGACCUCGAGCCGGCAUUCGAAAUUCAAAUUAAUGCAUUUCAUAAAAUGUCAUAAAACUUGGGUCCCCCUGGCACCAUCUCGCGGCCCCCCUGGGGGCCCUGGCCCCCAGUUUGAAAACCACUGCGCUACACCAUUGGCUCCGACUGUUAUUAGUUUUGAGCAAAUGUCAUGACUUGCCAAUCAGAAUCAAGCAUUCCAACGAGCUGUGCAAUAUGUAACAUUUCUAAUGUGAAGUAAAUUAACAAAUACAAGAAAUAAAGUGUAAAAGCAGUAUUAUUAUUGCAGUGGUGAUCUGAGCUUGUGGUCUAAGUGUAAAUUUUGUUUUGUGUCUUCUCAACAGGAGUGUCAUCUGGAUUUUAAGGAUCAUGGUUUAAUGCUUAUGGGCUGUAUGUGGUCCCUAUUACAUCGACAGCAGUUCGACUGGUGUGCUGUGUCAAGCGUCAGUGCUCUCAGACAGAUGGCCAUGGGCUUAGUGGUGGUGAACCGUAACCCGGAGAUGGUCAGCAAGGACUUUGAUGAGUGUGACCGUCUGUACAUCGAGGAUUUAACCCUAGAGCGCAUCCUGGACAUCACACAGCAGGAGAAGACAUACAUUCAGAGUAUGGAUAGUGGAUGGAUGCUUCAAAAACUUCAUCUCUAUGUAUUGCAUUGCAAAGCUAGGAAGAGCUAUUAGGAUAUUUUUCAAUAUAAUUCCAACUGUGUUCAGCAGAAAAGAAAGACACCCAGGAAACACCCAAGAAGGUAAGGACUAUGACACAACCACUUCAAAGGCGUUUGAGAUUCAAGGACCAUGCAAUACUCAAUAUUUUAUAAAUGGUA